AUGGCAAUUGCAGCUGUAAAAAAGUGGGAUAUUCAACAGCUUGACAUAAACAAUGCUUUUUUGCAUGGUUUUCUUGAUGAAGAGGUCUACAUGAAUCCUCCUCCUGGUUAUAAAAAGGCUCAACCUGGGCAGGUUUGCAAGCUUAAUAGAUCUAUAUAUGGUUUGAAGCAGGCCUCUAGAUGUUGGAACAAAGAGUUAACCAAAUUUCUUGUUAACUGGGGUUUUGUUCAAUUCAAACAAGACUACUCUAUGUUUGUUCUGAAACAGAAUGGUUCUUUUUUAAUUGUUGUUGCCUAUGUUGAUGAUUUGUUGCUCACUGGCAAUGACAAUUCCUUGAUUAAUGAUCUGAAAGUUGCUUUACAUACUGCUUUCACUAUCAAGGACUUGGGUUCUUUGAAGUAUGUCUUGGGAAUUGAGGUUUCUAGGUCUGGUUCUGGUAUUUUUCUCAAUCAGAGAAAGUAUAUUUUGGAUUUGUUAAGGGAUCAGAACAUGGAAAACUGUAAUGCUGCUCCUUUUCCUAUGUCAAAGGGUCUGAGGUUGAACAUGGAUGAUGGUGAUCUGUUGGGUGAUCCUGAAGUUUAUAGAAGACUGAUUGGGAAGUUUUUGUAUCUUAAUAUGAGCAGGCCUGAUAUUUCAUAUGUGGUUCAGCAAUUAAGCCAGUUUUUGGGUGCUCCUAGGAAACCUCAUUUUGAUGCAACCUUACAUGUUCUGAGGUAUCUCAAAGGAAGUCUGAAUUUUGGUUUAUUUUAUCCAACCAAUUCAGAUUUUGUUCUGACAGGUUAUAGUGAUGCUGACGGGGGUACUUGUUCAGAUUCAGGAAGAUCACUCACUGGUAACUGUGUAUUUCUUGGAAAUUCUUUAAUUUCCUGGAAAACUAAGAAACAUAAAGUUGUUUCUAAGAGCUCAACAGAGGCAGAAUAUAGAAGCAUGAGUCAUACUGCUGAUGAAUUGAUUUGGUUGGAAAGAUUGCUUGUUGAAUUGGAUAUCACUAUUCCUACUCCUCUUACUUUGUAUUGUGACAAUGUUUCAGCUAUUCAUAUUGCUAAAAAUCCAUGUUUCCAUGAGAAAACUAAGCACAUGAGAGGUAAAAGUCAGAAGAUUGAUGUGCAUUAUAUUAGGGAGCAGGUACAAUCUGGUUUUAUUCAGCUAAAGCAUGUUAGAUCUGCUCUUCAGUUGGCAGAUAUUAUGACAAAGCCUUUAGGCUCAGAUCAGCACAGGUUCUUGAGUUCGAAGAUUGGGUUGGUGAACAAUACUCCUGUUCAAGAAUGGCCUGGUGUUUCACAACUGGCUCAUUCUUGA